CAAUAGUCUCGAUUUUAGUGCGCGUGUACACUAAUUUUACGCAAAAGACGGUUUACUUAAAAUUAAUUUUAAUUUGUAAAAUAUAAAUAUACAAAUUAUCACUAAAAAAGUGAAUAAUAGUAUUAAUUAAAAGAAGUACAGCUUGCAUAUGUUUUUUUAUUUUAAGUUUAAAGUAUGAGCUGCGUACCAAGCUCCUAAUUGUUUGGCUAAAGAAAGUAAAAAGUACGAAGAAAAAAUAAUGUCGCCCAUGUCAAAUGCCAAUUCAAUAACUCCGACUGAAUUAAGUCCAUUUGUAUAUUGGUCACAAACGAAGGGUCAGCUACUGCUCAAGGUGGAUCUUAAAGAUGCGCAGGGUGUCGUUGCAGAGUUUACUAAUACAACGCUCUCAUUUGCCGCGACUGGGCAUGGAGCACGCGGGCGGAAUGCUUAUAAAUUCCAAAUGCGUUUCUUUCUGCCCAUCGAUGAUGAAACUGCGACCUUUUCAGUUACGGACCAAAAAAUCGAGUUACAUAUACGAAAAGCAGAGCCGGCAUGGUGGCUGCGACUCAUUGCUACGCCUCAAAAGCCGCACUGGCUUCGCAUUGACUUUGAUCGCUGGCGGUCGGAGGACGAUGGAGAUAAGAAUGAGGCAGUACGAGAUGUGCGAGAGGAUUAUAUAGAGGAGUAUAACAAAUUACAAAAGCAGGAAAUUGGCUAUGUGAGAGAGCAUGCGAAGAAGGUUUACUUGAUCAUAUACAAUCUGGCCAUGCUUGUCGGGUAUUUGCACAUAUUGCUUAUAAUGGGUGUGCUCUACAUACGCGAUGGAUCGGAUAGUAUAAAGCAUACAUAUGAAUAUGUGGGGACAUCAUUCAAAUUUGUACAGCUCAUGCAAUAUUUGGAGGUAAUGCAUCCUUUAUUUGGCUACACAAAGGGCAGUCCACUGGUGCCCUUCUUCCAAAUCUCAGGGCGCAAUUUUGUGCUCUUCCUAAUGAUCGAAAUGGAACCGCGCAUGCAUGCCAAACCGGUAGUGUUCUACGUGUUUAUUAUAUGGUCGCUCGUUGAGAUAGUGCGCUAUCCUUAUUAUGUCAGCCAGCUGCUUAAGAGGGAAAAUGGUUUGCUAACAUGGCUGCGCUAUACUAUCUGGAUACCCCUUUAUCCCAUGGGCCUUGUCUGCGAGGGCGUUAUACUGCUUCGCAGCAUACCCUACAUUGAAGAAACGAAACGCUUUUGUAUCGAUAUGCCCAACAAGUGGAAUUCGACAUUUGACAUGGUGCUCUUCGUAAAGAUAUAUUUGCUGCUACUCGCACUGCCCGGCAGCUAUCUGGUCAUGUCUCAUAUGUCCAAGCUACGCGCUAAGAAACUGGGACGCGGCCGAGCUAAGCCAAAAGUUAACUAAGAAUAUUUUACAAAAUUUACUAACUUAAGAUAAUACCACCCUGUCUGUUUUCAUUAAUUUACC